GAGAAACUGAUAGGAGAAGAAAAACCAGAAGUUGUAAAAGAUCACAAGCAAGUUACUCCUACUGGUGUAUUGUCACAAUUGAUAACUGAAGCACAAUAUAGAAUUAAUAAAUUUGUUAAAGAUGCAUAUGAUAUUUGA